UUUCACGCUCUCAACAUAGGGCUACACUCCCCAACUUCUCGAUAUAUAUAGGUAACCAUCUGCAAGGCUCUCUCUUCUGCAUAAGCCAUAAACCCUAGCGGCCACAGUUCCCACCGAAGCUUCUCUCGGAUAAGGGUUUCUCUAGUUCAAACUCCAACGAUGGCUGACGUUGAGACCGAUGUGGCGGCGGCAGGGCAGCCGAAGAAAAGGACGUUUAAGAAGUUUAGCUUCAGAGGAGUUGAUUUGGACGCUCUCCUCGACAUGUCUACCGAUGAGCUCGUCAAGCUUUUCCAUGCCCGUGCUCGCAGAAGGUUUCAGAGGGGAUUGAAGCGGAAGCCAAUGGCCUUGAUCAAGAAGCUUCGCAAGGCGAAAAGGGAGGCCCCACCUGGUGAGAAGCCAGAACCUGUCCGAACCCACCUCCGCAACAUGAUCAUAGUUCCUGAAAUGAUAGGAAGUAUCAUUGGGGUCUACAAUGGCAAGACCUUCAAUCAGGUUGAAAUCAAGCCUGAAAUGAUUGGGCAUUACCUGGCCGAAUUCUCAAUCAGCUACAAGCCUGUCAAGCAUGGUAGACCUGGUAUUGGUGCCACCCAUUCAUCAAGGUUCAUUCCUCUUAAGUGAAAUCGACACCUGAGCUAUAUUUUUCGUCUUAUUUUCCAAAAACCUCUAUGUUAGACCAAAUUUGUAGGUUACUCCAUCUGCGUUUCAUCGUUUCCAUGUUUUGUUGAACUUAAUUAGACGAGCAACUUCAGUUUAUAGUCGGAAAAGCUGGUGCUUUAUUUAA